CUAUAUUGGCACUCAGAGCAGCUGGCAGGCUGACAAGCGUAAUUUUAGAGGACACUGAUGCAGAGGGAAAAUGUAAUGGGCAUUGGCUGGCAGACCCCUUCCUAUAGGCGGUAGAGAGAAGAGGGAGGGAGAAACAGCGGCCAGCAAGAGAGUCUCCUGAGAGUGAAGUCCUUUGCUGUGGCUAGAAUAGAUAGGCUAAAUAAACAAAGUGCGACACCAUUCUUUUUGAGCAGCAUGGUUUUCCUAACCCUCGGAUUGUAUCUUCCACUCUUGUUUUGUUAUGUCCUGGCUCGGUCCUCAUUUUUGGACCUUCUUGCACUUCCAGAAGGUCUCCGGUCGUCCGAGAGGAGCUUCACCCCAUGCUGUCUGAUGAGUCCCCCCCCACCGCCCCUCUUUCCCCCGCCCCCGUCUCUCUGGAGACGCCACGCUCAUGAGAGAGGCGCCUCAUCUGGUGACGGAGACAGAGGGAAGAUAGACAAAGAGGAGGAGGAGGGACGCCCCUGUGUCCUGGGGCCGCCGGGCUCUGCUGGCCCCCCAGGGCCCCAGGGGCCGUCUGGUCUACCUGGAAUAGGAGGAUCCAAAGGAGAGAUGGGAGAGCUUGGCAGACCUGGACAAAAGGGCCGGACCGGUCCGCCAGGCCUUCCGGGGCGGCCUGGACCCGUUGGAUGGCCCGGCCCACAUGGGCCCAAAGGUGAGAAAGGAGACACUGGACUGAUGGGUUUAUCUGGAGCAAGAGGACCGAUGGGGCCCAAAGGUUUACCAGGAUAUAAAGGAGAAAAGGGUUCUCGGGGUGAUCGCGGGGAGAGUGGCAGCAAAGGCGAUAAGGGAAAGAUGGGAUUCCCAGGGAUGCUUGGGCAGAAGGGUGAAAUGGGUCCCAAGGGGGAACCUGGCACGUCAGGGAAGCGCGGACCUACUGGACGGCCAGGCAAGCGAGGAAAGCAAGGAGUGAAAGGUGACUUUGGGCGGGUGGGCCCUUCAGGUCCUGCUGGCCCCCAAGGGUCCCCUGGCCAGCCCGGCCCCCCUGGUCUCCCAGCUACAGGACUUUAUAUGGUUGGAUCGAAAGGAGAGCGCGGCCCUACAGGGCCUCCUGGGAGAUGUAGUUGCAACUCUCUCAUGAGCUCACCUUUUGAUGACAGCGCCAGGGGCCAGCAAGCCAGAGUGCCAGCGAUAUUUGUGGUUGGCAGUCAAGAUGAACUAGAGCGUCUUCAAACUGACAAUGCUUUUGCAUUCCGCAAAGACCAGAGGUCUCUCUAUUUCAAAGAUGUGGAUGGCUGGAUUCCAAUUCAGCUGACCCCAUUCCAGUCCACGGAGAACGCCCCAGAGGAAGAGGGUUACUGUGGCGAUGGAAUAGUACAGAUUCCAAACGGGGAGGAGUGUGACGAUGGGAACAGAGUGGUCACAGACAGCUGUGUUAAGUGUAAACAUGCCUUCUGUGGGGAUGGCUAUCGCUAUGAGGGGGCUGAGGAGUGUGAUGGAAAAGACUUUGGCUACCAGACAUGUAAUUCAUACCUUCCAGGGUCGUAUGGCCGUCUAAGGUGCAGACUGCACUGUGUUAUUGACUCAACAAACUGCAAGUACUUCACAUGAAGGGUCAAAGCCACACAGAGCAAUGUAGUCGUUGUGUUCCCAAACACCAAGCAGGAAUAUAUUGAUGCAAUAAAAGGACGAGGAUACUGCAAAUAAAAGACUGAAAAAGAAGAUGAAGCCAAAAAAAAAGAAAAGAAACUACUAUAUAUACUUCUUCUGUACUGCUGCUCUCAUGCCACAUAGAUUGCAGGGGUCCGAAUGACCUCGACCAGAGUCCACCCUUUCGCCCAUACAUAAACAAAGAAAAAAAAAGUCCUAUGUUGAGGACUAGUCUUAACAUGUGAGGACUGAAAAGCAUUCUACAAGCCAUACCUGAUUGGACCACUUAGCCUCACCUAAAUGGACCAGUCAGCUUCACCUGAUUGGACCAGUCAGCCUCACCGGAUUGGACCAGUCAGCCUCACCUGAUUGGACCAGUCAGCCUCACCUGAUUGGACCAGUCAGCCUCAAGGUAAAGUGGGUGAAUGAAGUGGAAGGUUUCAUUAAACCUUGUAGCAACGGGGUCCUGGUUGGAGGCUCAUUAAUCCUGACUUAGUACUGUUUAAAAGAAAGAAAUUAGGAAGGCUUGGAGAAACCAGGAUACUGUUUAUCCUACUGCUGAUAGAAUGAAUGACAAUGCACAGAAUUUGCAUGAGGCUAGGGUUUGGAUGGCCCCGGCGACAGCUGCCUCUAGGCAUGUAACCUAAUACUGACGCUAAAACAUUGCCAUGACACGCUUCAUACCUGUGCCCUCUUAAAAUCCUUCAUUAGAAAUGUGUAGUGACCCUUUUUAGGCAUAGAUUGACUUAAGUCAUUAUGAUGAUGUGUACUGGCGGGCAGGUGGAUGCAUGGCCAACAACAAAGUUGUUAUAAGGGGGGGGGGGGUCCCGCUUCAAGUGUCUUGGCCUCUGGGAAUCCUCAAAGAGGGCAGGUUGUUACAGUGUGUUAUGGUAGCAGCACACAAGGUAAACUUGAUCUUCAUAUUCUCAAACCCAGGAUCUACUCAGGAACCAUCAGGUCACAUGACUCAAUGAGUCGGUUCAAUAGGCCUUCUGCACGCUACUCUUUGUGAAUGGCAGAUAAUGUAAGUAGAGGAACAUAUUGGACUGUUAAAUAUGGGGAAAUAAGCUUUAAUGUAAAUGGAGGAGGUCCUUCCCUCUGCUUCAACAAUGCAUAUACUAUGUAUAUAUAUGUGUGUGUAUAUAUAUAUAUAUAUAUAUAUAUAUAUACUGUAUGUCCAGGCCUGAAACUGUUACAUUCUCAAUGUUACCCUCUGCACAGGCAAGACCAGAAUAGUUUCUAGCUGCUGAUGGGGAUGUAUUAUCUUCCACUGUUGCAUCCACAUUCUAUAUUACGCUACCCUGAUACCUCUUCAUUCAGUCUGUCUUAUAGUGUUACAAAGAAACAUGUCAAUGGUGAACUUAAAUACAUUUAGUGUUCUGUGUCUGGGGAACCCACAGUGUCAGUAGUGGGGCUGAUAUAAGCUAUUUAUUUUUACAAUUAAACAAAAGUGUAUGAGAUGUAGGGCCAAGAAUACCCUUUGCUGAGGGGGGUUAGGUUUUUUAAGUGCUUCUGGCCUAAAAGUGAAUGUAACAACAUGCUAAUGAAUGGUAUAUUUCUACAGUUAAGUUUGUUGUAUGUGCAUGCUUCUGCUACCAUGUUUGUAUGCUGGAGAGUUCAAAAUUGUCCAACCAUAGUUUUUGGGAUGUACUGUUAGCAUAAAAUUCAUUAUUGCAUUAUUACCAGCGUGAUCAGUGUAUUACAAAUAUACAACCUUGCUCUACCAAGGGCAAAGCUAGUGGUAUUAUGGAGAAACACUGAAGUUCUGACUGUAUGUUAUUCCGUUUGGAAUAUAGUUUGUCAACACAUAGCCAAUGGAAAAAAUGCCAAUCAUCACAUGAUAUGUUGAAUGUUCUAUUUGUUAUUCUUACUGUCCUAUACUGUGUAUACAACAAUGUUGAAACAUAACAUGCAUGUAACCACAUAUUGCUUAAUGAAGUCCAGUAUGCACUGAUGGCUCCUCCUGGUUCAUUGUCAAAGAGUUUAAACCUUGGAUAGUUUGAAAAACUAAUUCAAAUAAAUGCAUUCAAUGUGUCAAAGACAAU